AUCAAGCCCGGUGAGAAAUUGGAGAAGGUCCAGGAGGGCGUCUCUCAGUCUCUUGAGGCUCUAGUCGAGAAGCUGCGGGUGCACUUGGAAGAUAGUGAUCUGGAGAGCAACGAUCAGAGAUACGAUGUUGCGAAGGAGGAGUGUCAGGCCCGGUUAGCUCAGUGGCAGAACCAGCUCACGGAAGCAAAGGCUGCCACGAUCCGUGCCGAGUCCGCAAAAGUCGAGAUGACCAAAUUGAAGGAGUCGUAUCUGAAGGAGAUCUUGCAGCUCCGGCAGCAGCUUAGCCUUAAGCAGCUGACGGAGUCGAAGGGGGAGGAGUUUGUGCCCGACAACGUGUCUCAUCUUCCGCAGGAGCCGGAGCAGACCGUCAUCGAGAUCGAGAGCACAGACAAAACCGCCGACGAGGUCAAAGUGCUGGAGAUGCAGUACGAGAAGGAACUCGACAAGCUGCGGAGGAAGAACACCGAGCUGCAGUACAAGCUGAAGACCAAGCAGAUCCAGUCCGACUUGCAGACGGACCUCCUGGCCAAGCGGAUGGAUCGGAAGGAGUUCGAGGAGGUCGGCGUUCAGGCGCAACCAACGGCCAGAGAUCAAGCGACGGAAACCGAAGCUUUCGACCCCCCGCAGGAGGCCCAAACAAACGAGAGCCGGUGUGCAAGAACACCAGGACGAAAAAAAAGUCAAGGUGUCGGCGGCUCCCCGACAGAUGUUCGGUCGACGUCGAAGCCGCUGAGGCAGCCUUGUCGAAAGCCCAGCCUCCGCUAUGACUGCGGCACUGCGAGGGACGCGGGCUGUGGCGAUGAG